AUGACCGACCCAGAAGAGCUCGACGAGGACCUCUUCGCCGACCUUUACGAGGGCGAUGAGGCUCCCUCCAAACCUACCCAAUCCGCACCUGUCGCAAAGUCAGAAUUGCCUGAACCAGCAAAGGCCGCCGAGGAACCAGCGCCGAGCACUGCUUCUAACGGCGUGGGUGGUGGUGACAAUAGUGCGAUGAAGCAGGAGGCAGCUUCCGAGGGUGGCGAUUACGAUAUGAACGGAGGCGGCUGGAAUGCCAAUGCCAGUCAGUCAUAUGAUCAUGCACCAGCCGAUGAUGAUGACAACUAUGGCCCGAUCAACGUCAAAGAGGAUGGUCACGAUAGAGCAGCGCAGCAGGAGGCGAAUGUGGCAGCUCUCUUUCGUUACAUCCAAUAUUCGGAUCCUCGCAUUUCUCCCGGACAAGUUUGGCCUGGAACCUGA